AUGUCGGCCUGCAUCGUCUCUGCUGCGACGUCUCACCAUCUCUUCAAAUCUCGUUUCCAAUCAGCAACCGCGACUCCUUCAGGCGCGGAGCCAGCUCCAGCCACGAACACGCCCAAGACCAAAAAAGAACUUCCGAGAUUUCCACCUGCAGCACACCCAGCCGACCUGAAAGAAGACGAAGAAGACGAGGACAGGGAAGAUCCAAGCACAAUGCCUCUAGCAGACACGCAUAGUGAUGCCUACACCAAGGCCUUCAACAACAACAGCUUAUGGCGCCGCUCUCUGGCCGAAACUGAUCCUGAGCUUUUCGAGUCCAUGGCCAAGGGCCAAUCACCUCAGAUUCUCUGGAUCGGAUGUGCCGACUCGCGCUGCCCAGAGACCACUAUCCUGGGCCUGAAGCCCGGGGAAAUAUUUUGCCACCGCAAUAUCGCCAACAUCCUGGUCAACACAGACAUCAACUCCCUCUCGGUCAUUCAAUAUGCCGUCCAAUACCUGAAGGUUAAGCACAUCAUCAUCUGCGGCCACACCUCUUGUGGAGGUAUUGCGGCGGCCCUAGGCAACAAGAAACUUGGCCUGAUUGACACCUGGCUGAUGCCACUCCGAGCAAUUCGCCAAGAGAACCUGUCUCUCUUGAACAGCUUGGACGAGACACAGCGGGGCUUGAAGAUGGUCGAGUUGAACGUUCGGGCCGGGGUCAAAGUGCUCCUAGCGAACCCGAUUGUCCUGGACGCGAUGGAUGAACGUGGCCUCCAAGUCCAUGCUCUAAUCUACAAUGUCGGAACCGGCGAGUUGCGUGAGCUGGACAUUGAGGAGGACGAGGAAGUCAUCAAGAGCCGGGUCACCGCCUUCAAGACCGAGGACUAA